AUGAAGUUCUCCGUCGCAACAGCUCUCGCGUUCGCCCUCUCGGCUGAGGCCCACACCAUCUUCCAGGAAGUCUCUGUCAACGGUGCGGACCAAGGCUCUCUCGUCGGUCUGCGGGCCCCGUCCAACAACAACCCCGUCUAUGAUGUGACAUCACAAGAUAUAAUCUGCCAGCAGCAGGGCACGACCUCGGACAAGAUGAUCAGCGUGGCGGCGGGCGACUCCCUGGGCGCCUACUUCGGGCACGUGAUCGGCGGCGCGCAGUUUGCCAACGACCCGGACAACCCGAUCGCCGCGUCGCACAAGGGCCCGGUCACGGCGUGGCUGGCCAAGGUGGACGGGUCCGCGGCGUCGGCGAGCAAGACGGGCCUCUCGUGGUUCAAGAUCUGGGAGGACACGUUCGACACGUCGACCCUGACGUGGGGCGUCGACAACAUGAUCGCCAACGCGGGCUGGGUCAACUUCGACUUGCCGACGUGCAUCGCCGCCGGCGACUACCUGAUGCGCGUCGAGAUCCUGGCACUGCACUCGGCCAGUAAAUUGUUGGCGGCGCAGUUCUACAUGUCUUGCGCCCAGCUCACGGUCACUGGAUCCGGCACCUUCUCGCCGGCCCAGACGUUCAGCUUCCCGGGGGCCUACGCGCAGGACGACCCGAGCAUCCUGAUCAACAUCUACGGCAAGACUGGCAAGCCGGACAACGACGGCAAGGCCUACAGUGCGCCCGGAAACGCGUCCGUCAUUAGUUGCUGA